GAUAUGGGCUCUUAAUGAUCCAGCUCGAUUCUAUAAGAGCUAAUACGUGAUUAGCCAUGAUGGUCACUGACAGCUGGAGAUGUUGGAUGCCCCAGUGUCAGGCACAUGCACCGGGGUGGCGGUCCGGGAGGCGAGCACCUGAGCUGGAGUGGCCAAUAGCAGCACGCAACUUUCGGCUCUCAGGUGGCGGUUUGUGGAGAAGGACGGAGAAGUGCAGAUCAUAAACGACGUCCAAGAUGGCGCUAGCCCGGGACCUAGGGGUCGGCCAGGAGCAGAGGGACGCGGCCGACCAGAACUUUGACUACAUGUUCAAGGUGCUGAUCAUCGGCAACAGCAGCGUGGGAAAGACCUCCUUCCUGUUUCGCUAUGCAGACGACUCCUUCACCUCAGCGUUUGUGAGCACAGUGGGCAUUGACUUUAAAGUCAAGACAAUCUACAGGAACGACAAGAGGGUCAAGCUCCAGAUCUGGGACACGGCGGGGCAGGAGCGCUACAGGACCAUCACUACAGCGUACUACCGGGGAGCCAUGGGAUUCCUGCUCAUGUAUGAUAUCACGAGUCAGGAGUCCUUCUGUGCGGUGCAGGACUGGGCAACCCAGAUCAAGACUUACUCCUGGGACAGCGCUCAGGUCGUGCUAGUGGGCAACAAGAUGGACUUGGAAGACGACAGACAAGUCCCAAAAGCAGAUGCCCAAAGAGUGGCUACAGAGCUUGGUUUUCAGUUCUUCGAAGCCAGUGCCAAAGACAACAUCAACGUGAAGCAGGUCUUCGACAAGCUGGUGGACCUUAUCUGUGAGAAGAUGAACGAGAGUGUCAACGGUUACACCAGCCAGCCAGUCAAUCAGAACGGGGACACCUUGAAGGAUAAGCCUGACACGAGUCAGGGAGGCUGUGCUUGCUGAUAGCCGAUCGGCGGCAACAGGAGCAGUUCUCUCGACCAGUUUCACUUCAUACACCUAAGCAGAUGAACUCCAUUGGAUUUUUCUCCUCAUCCUUGAGGUGGUUCGAAAGAUCCCUCAUAAUUUCCUCAGACUGUUAUCCAAUAAAGCCAAAGAGCUUCCUCUCUGCCUUUCUUCAUAACAUCCCUGCUUUAACAGUUUCCUGUAGGUGACAGCCCCUGUUGCAGUUGAGGAAGUGAACCAGAUCAGCAUGGAUUUACUUGUGUUGCGUUGCCCUCCUAUGGCCAUUUUGUGUAAAUGCACCACUAAAAAGGCCUAAGUUUGAAGAUUCCUGAAGGUUGAGGCCAAACUCGUAUAUGGAAGUCGUUAUAACAGGUGUGCUUAUUGUGUAAAAAGCAUGUAACUCUUUGCUUUGAAAAGAUGCCAUCACCUGCCUCUAUUUAACUUAUUUUUGUCAUGUGUGUUUAACGAUUGUCACUGUACUGUUUCAUUUGUCGGAUUUCUAGCCUCUUGAAAGUUGACAAUAAAAAAAGCUGUAUCUGUG